AUGGAUCGUCCAUCGACAGCUCGCGCCCCUACAAAUGGCGUCACACCAAGAUUACCAAAACGAGAUAUACUUCCUGAAGAAGAAGGACCUGUUGCCCCAGAUAAAGCACGUCUGCCAACAAUCUUCAUCGGGUCUAUUUCUGGACGCUAUACGAGAAAAAUAUGGAAAAAAGAUCGGGACAGUGUUAGAACCUACUACAGACAAUCGAGGAAAAUGUUCCAUGGCACAUUUCCCGACAGCGACUGUUGCAUAAGAACGGUGGACAAAUAUUUGAAGAAGUUCGCAAAAGUUGGAUUCAAUCACGUGCGUAUUAUUUACAGCGGCGAAGUUAACAGCCUUGGCAACGAUGAUAAUCGUUUCGUAUUUGACACAGGUAGAGAUUUGUCCGUACGUGGUCUGAUUAAUUUCGUUCUCGGUAAGGGAAUGAGUCUUGAUUUGGUGAUUAUCAGUCUUCAUUCUUUCAUCUGGGCUGAUGUUUUGGGUCUCAAGCUGCAACCUGAACGAUCGCUGACUGUGUAUUAUCCCGAGUAUCUCCUGCCUACAAAUCUGGAGGAUUCCAGUUUGGAUAUGUUCGACAAGACUGGCACGAAAGCUCUCAAAACAUGGCAAUUUUUCAAAGCAACAUACAAAACUUAA